UGUGCGUAUGAUUCGUUCCGUGCAGGCUUUCGGCUUUCCUAGCUCUCACCUCCCCCAAGCAAGCAACCCCCUUAUCCGGUUUUGACCAAACCGUUCGCCGCCGGGUCAGUUCGUCCGCCCAUCAGCAUGGGACCCGAGCCUCCUCUCCUGCCAAUUCCUUCCUAGCCAGCGGUCCAUACGGGUGGACGAAUCCAUGCGUUUUUCAACGGUUUGUUUAGCGGAGCACCCGGUCUCCCUCCUCCGCCUCUGCCUGCUUCCGUCGUCUCCCGCCGCCACCAACCGUGCCUGAUUGGUCGUUGGUCGCGUAAUUCGCCAGUAUAUAUGUCGCGGAUCAUUGCGUCUGAAUUCCCGGAAGGGAAAGCGAGGUAGCCGUGAAUUGGGUACGGAGCAGCUCGGGUUUCAGCUCGAGCUCGGGCUCGUCCCGUGGUGAUGGAGAAGGGGGGCAGAGGGCUGUCCUGCCGGGCCGCCGUCUGCGGCAUCGUCGUCCUGCUCUGCGCCACCGCCUUCUCCUGCUCCCUCGCCGCCGAGUUCCGCAGGGUCAAGGACGAGGACAUGAAGCUGGACGGCAGCCUCUGCUCCCUGCCCAAGAGCUCCGCCUUCGAAUUGGGCGUCGCGGCCAUCGCCUUCCUCUCGGUCGCGCAGCUCGUCGGCACCACCGCGGCCGCGACCACCAUGUGCGCCUCCGGCUCCAAGCCCGGCAAGCCCGUCGCCACCGGAGGCCGCGUCGCGCCCGUCGCGCUCCUGGCCCUCUCAUGGGUGUGCUUCGCGCUGGCCGUGAUCCUGCUGGCGACGGCGGCGAGCAUGAACAGCGGGCAGCGCUACGGCCGGGGGUGGAUGGACGGCGACUGCUACGUCGCCAGGAACGGCGUGUUCGGCGGCGCCGCCGCGCUGGUCGUCGUCACGGCGCUCCUCAUCCUCGGCCUCACCUUCGCCACCAAAACCGCGGGGGCCGGCUCGAGCACGAAGGCGUGCGCCAGAGGAGACGCCGCCUGCACAACUACCAUCCGUGUCGACGCGGCAACAGGCGCGAGCGCGGAACAGCCGGGCGGGCGAUCCAAGCAAUGAUCGGUGCUGCCAUCGGCGGAUCGAUCGGACACGAGGGCGGGGCGGGCCAACCGGUGGAGAGGUCGAUGGCACGCUUCGCUGUUCGUCCCGCAAAGGCCAGGCCGAGUGGGGGCAUCUUCUCCUUUUUGGUCUCGGGUGGGGCAUCUUGGUAGGCUGGCAAAGCUGAGAAAGGCGAUCUCGGGAGUACUGCCGGUGGGUUGGAUGGGAGGGACACAGUACAUAGAAUUACUGACACAUUUACUGACGUAGCCGUGCAAAUUGUAAAUGACAUUACCGAACUGGUAAGAAGGAAAGGUCCUCGAGGAUCGUACAGAACAGAACAGAAAUUACACGGGUUUGUGAA